GUGCAGAGGUGCCAGCAGCAUCUUCAUUCCCUGUACGACUCCCCGGCAGCAGGAGCAGCCAACACUCUCACAAACAUCAUGAAGCUGCUAUCAUUGAUACUUUACAUCACACUGGUCCUGAGUGCCGUGCUAGCGGUAAGUGUGGCUAUGCCAGAGGCCAUCCCCGACCCGGCAGCUAUCGCCGAUGCGAACCCAAACCCCGAUCCGGCGGCUAGCGCGACCCCUGGAAGAAGAAGGGUGGACGAUGCUGUGGCGGUGGCUACAGGCGGGGCUACGGCGGCUACCGUCGAGGCUACUGGGGUCGAUGAAGACUGCUUGACAUUCUGCCUUUAACGAUGAUGGAGUUAUAGUUCUCGCUUGCUCAGACGUUUUCCCUCUAGUCAGGAACUAUCUAGCAAGUCUUACUCUCAUAUAUAUAUAUAUAUAUAUAUAUAUAUAUAUAUAUAUAUAUAUAUAUAUAUAUAUAUAUAUAUAUAUAUAUAUAUAUAUAUAUAUAUAUAUAUAUAUAUAUAUAAGCCAAUUACUUCCUUUUUCUGACGUAUAUUAGUUAUAUUGUGUCUCCUUACGUAUAUACACAUAACUGCUUCUCCUGAUGCAAUUCAGCUAUAUACAUGGCUGAAUGUAUAUGAAUAUUAUACCACAUGUUUCUUAUAAUACAGAGUUGCAGAAUUAUCAGUUCUCUUCAAAAAAUUUAUCUCCAUACUUG